AUGGUGACUAUUGUGUCAAAACUUGAUACAGCCCAUCGCCUUACUAUCCAUGAUGCUCAAAUGAAUUAUUACGGUACUCGACUAGCUACUUGUUCCAGUGAUAAUUUGAUUAAAAUAUUUGAGCUAAAACCGUCAGGGCAAACGUAUCCUUCCGCUGAAUUGAAUGGUCAUACCGGUCCAGUCUGGCAAGUAUCGUGGGCGCAUCCGAAAUUUGAUAAUGUUUUAGCUUCAUGUUCCUAUGACAAACGAGUUAUCGUUUGGAAAGAGAUCUCUGGCAAAUGGCAAAGAAUUUAUGAAUGGAACCAUCAUGAUGCAAGCGUUAAUUCGAUAAGUUGGGCACCUCACCAAUUUGGUCUUACGUUAGCUUGUGCUUCUACUGAUACUGCAAUAUCCUUAUUGAUCUUCAAUAAAGCAAAAAUUUGGACACAUCAACUCAUUGCUAAAGCUCAUGAACAGGGUUGCAAUGCAGUGUCCUGGGCUCCUGCAAUGUAUUCAACAUCCCUCAUCCAUAGUGAUGGACCCGUCCUACGUAAACGAGUGGUUUCUGGUGGCAAUGAUAAUUUUGUUAAAAUAUGGAGAGAAAAGAAAGAUGGGAUUUGGGAACUAGAAAUCUCUUUGGAGGGACACACUGAUUGGGUACGUGAUGUAGCUUGGGCUCCAGUAGCAGCUCAUAACGUCAAUACAAUUGCUUCAUGUGGGCAGGACAGAAAAGUGAUCAUUUGGCGUUGUUCGAGUGUUGAUCAGCGGUACUGGUCUGCUCAAGAACUGGUUGUCUUUGAUGACAUUUUAUGGCAUGUUAGCUGGUCGCUGUGUGCUACUGUUCUUGCAGUGUCGGGUGGCGACAAUGUGAUUUCGUUGUGGAAAGAAAAUAUCCAAAAUGAAUGGAUAUGUAUUUCUGAGCCAGAAGAAAAGUGA